AAACAGUCCAAGCUCUCUCUGCUUGCUUUGCAGAAUGUCGUGUUAUGAAGACCUCUUACUCACGAUCUUCUGGCAUGAGGCAAACUGCAGCCAAAAGUCCAGGACCUUCCCGUCGCAGCAAAUCACCUGCCUCAGUAAAGAGGAGUGGCCACUACUCCAGUGCUCAUUCUUCAGCAAAAUCCCCAGUUAAUGGAACCCCAAGCAGUCAAUUAUCCACCCCAAAAUCUACAAAGUCCUCCAGUUCUUCACCAACAAGCCCAGGCAGCUUUCGUGGACUCAAGAUCUCUCCACAUGGUGGAUCUUCCUCCAAUGUGAAUGGUGUGCCUGAAUCACUUCGUUGCCAGAGUCCUGAAGGCCUGAAUGGAAACAAGUGCUCAGGGUCAUCUACCAUUCUCGAGAAGUAUAAAGUGGGGAAGGUGAUUGGUGAUGGCAAUUUUGCUGUUGUAAAGGAGUGUGUGGAACGAUCCACGGGAAAGGAGUUUGCACUGAAGAUCAUAGACAAGGCUAAAUGCUGUGGGAAGGAACACCUGAUUGAAAACGAAGUGUCUAUUCUGCGGCGAGUGAAACAUCCAAAUAUCAUUAUGCUUAUAGAGGAAAUGGACACCCCAACAGAACUCUACCUGGUGAUGGAGCUGGUGAAGGGAGGAGAUCUGUUUGAUGCUAUCACUUCAUCUACAAAGUACACAGAGCGAGAUGGGAGUGCAAUGGUCUACAAUUUAGCCAGUGCCCUCAAAUACCUUCAUGGUCUCAACAUUGUGCACAGAGACAUCAAGCCAGAAAAUCUGCUGGUAUGUGAAUAUUCAGAUGGAACCAAGUCUUUGAAGCUUGGAGACUUUGGACUGGCGACUGUGGUUGAAGGACCUUUAUAUACUGUCUGUGGUACCCCCACGUAUGUGGCUCCAGAAAUCAUUGCAGAGACAGGGUAUGGCCUCAAGGUGGAUAUUUGGGCUGCAGGUGUGAUUACAUACAUCCUCCUCUGUGGGUUCCCACCUUUUCGCAGUGAAAACAACCUUCAGGAGGACCUCUUUGAUCAGAUCCUCGUUGGGAAGCUGGAAUUUCCUUCGCCCUACUGGGAUAACAUCACUGAUUCAGCAAAGGAGCUGAUUAGCCUCAUGUUACACGUGAAUGCUGAAGCCAGAUACACAGCAGCACAGAUCCUAAGCCAUCCCUGGGUGUCCGAUGAUGCUUCUCAGGAGAAUAAUAUGCAAGCUGAAGUAACAGGUAAACUGAAGCAGCACUUUAAUAACACCCUACCCAAGCAAAAUAACACAUCUGCUGGGGUUUCUGUCAUCAUGUUUGACUUGACAGUUUGAGAGGGACUUCAGAGCUUCAUUCUUUAUACUGUUGAGACUAUGGAUAAGCCUGAAGCUGAAAACUGGUAUAAAAUGCACUCUAUGUAAUAAGAGCAAUUUUAAUUCUAACU